AACUGAGGCAAAAUCCAAUUGACUUUGCCCUCAACAAAUGGUGAAAAUUGUUCCUAGGAAGUCUCUGACUGUUCCGGCUCCCCUCCUCACAAAUUGGGACAGAGAAGAUGUUGCAUAGUAUGGAAGAGCAUCACCAGGAGGACAGAGAAAUAAAUGUUCUUCUCGCAUUUACUGCAUUGGAGUAAGUCUUCAAAGGAGCCCUCAUAGAACUUCACUCUGGGUGCAAGCCCCCCCAUCCUGAGAGUUCCUCCAUUUCCCUCACAGUCUUCUGCCAUCCACUUAGCUCUUGAGUAAAUGGAGAUGCUGAUCUAGCUCUGCUAGUUGGAAGUGGAGGAGGGGUGUCAACCUCUUGAGUCAUCUCCAUGUCCCAGAGAUGCAGCAGAGCUUCAAGGGUAUUACCAACAGACAGGAACUCAGACUCUGCUGCUCCAGACUCUGUCCUCCUCCUCCUCCUCCUGCUCCUGCUCUCCUGCUUUUGGGAAUUCCCAACUGAGUCCUCGAUGCUGCAGAGUUACUUGGAGGAGGAGGCAAACGUCUCCCAACCCGAUGCACGAAGGGCAUUUUCUUAAGGGUCAGAGAAGGGGCCGACACCCUCAGCCACCUCCUGCAAGGGUGAACCCGGGACCAGCAUCCUUCCGGCAUCCUUUCAAGGUGGUGCUGUGGAAAGCAGAUCAAGGCUGUGGAAGUUUGUAGGAAGAGACCUUACAUGUGAACAAGGUGAUGUCCAUCUUGUUUUAUGUGAUCUUUCUGCCUUUUCUCUGUGGCAUCCAGUCUACCAGCAUGGAUCAAGGGAGUUUAUCAGAAGAUUCCAUGAAUUCUUUUAUUAGAACACUUAUUCAAGCUGGCAUUUGGAAAAAUAAGGUCCCUAAGCAGACGGCCAGAACGAAGGACGGCAUGCAGACCACGGUGAAGAAAACGGAGGCCGAACCAGACGCGGUGGCAAGCAAAGAUGCCAGACUGGGGUCCCAGCCCGUCGUUUCGGUGGACGCAGAACUCCUGAGGCAGCAGAGGCGCUUCAGCUCCCCCCGGGUGCUCUUGAGCGAAAGUGCCCCUCUGGAGCCCCCUCCCUUGUAUCUGAUGGAGGAGCCCGUGGUGCUGAACCAGACGUCUCGCCGGAAGAGGUUUGCCGAGGGGAAGAGCCACCGUGGGGAGUACUCCGUGUGCGACAGCGAGAGCCGAUGGGUCACGGACAAAUCCUCCGCUGUCGACAUCCGGGGGCACCAGGUGACUGUCCUGGGAGAAAUCAGAAUGGGCUCCUCCCCAGUCAAACAAUACUUUUAUGAAACAAGGUGUAAGCAAGCCAAACCGGCCAAGAGUGGUUGUCGUGGUAUCGAUGAUAAGCACUGGAAUUCCCAGUGCAAAACCUCACAAACCUUUGUACGCGCAUUGACUUCAGAAAACAAUAAACUUGUAGCCUGGCGAUGGAUCAGAAUAGACACUUCUUGUGUGUGCGCCUUGUCCAGGAAAAUCGGACGAACAUAGGUCUGUGGCUCUGCCAUAUAAGUUAUUAUGACUAAAUUAUAUGAUAUGCAUGUAGCAUAUAAAGGUUUCUAUUGUUUAUAUAUUAUAAGUGGUCCUUAUUUAUUAAAUUCCAGCCAACUACUCUCUCUCUCUUGAUAAAGAACAGUAAAGAAUGGAUGUAUACCUGUGGCUACAUCAUUUCUCAUUUCUGUCUGUGACUUCAGCUCCUCCAAAGCUUUCCAUAAACUGCUUGCAAAACCUU